AUGCUCGGUCUGUGCCUUUAUGUCCCGGUGUCUAACUCGGAUCCGGUGGAAGUGGAAUACUUCGAGUCUAACGGUCUGCCGUCCGAGCUGAAGUCGCUCUUCGACAAGCUGAGCGUCUUCCUGCCGUCGCAAGAGUUCACCACCUACCGAAAAUGGCGAAAGAAAACCUUAAAAAGAGAAGAAAACGAGGUUGACGCCCAGCUGGACUUUGAAGAGUUUGUCCACUACCUGCAGGAUUACGAGAGGGACCUGAAGCUGGUGGUGACGAGUGUUGAUAAGAAGAAUGCAGGUCACAUCAACCCAAGAGACUUCAUCCGGUCUCUCUCCGACCUGGGUGUGCACAUUUCCCUCCGGCAUGCAGAGAAGGCCCUCAACAGCAUGGACAAGAAUGGAAUGAUAACCAUCAGCAGUAAAGACUGGAGCAAAUACCCUGUAACGGAAAAGACGGACUGCGUUCCUGAGAUCAUCCUCUACUGGAAACACUCCACGAUCUUUGAUGUGGGGGAGAACCUGAUGGUCCCAGAUGAGUUCACCAUGGAGGAGAAGCAGACUGGCAUGUGGUGGAGGCACCUGGUUGCAGGUGGAGGAGCCGGAGCGGUUUCCAGGACCUGCACGGCCCCCCUGGACCGACUCAAAGUCAUGAUGCAGGUUUACGGCUCCAGAACAAACAACAUGUGCAUCAUGAGCGGCCUCAUGCAGAUGAUCAAAGAGGGCGGCACCAGAUCGCUGUGGCGCGGCAACGGGGUGAACAUCAUCAAAAUUGCCCCCGAGUCUGCGCUGAAGUUCAUGGCGUACGAGCAGAUCAAGCGGCUCAUUGGGAACGAUAAGGAGACGGUCAGCAUCCUGGAGCGGUUCGUGGCCGGCUCUCUGGCCGGCGUGAUGGCUCAGAGCGCCAUCUACCCCAUGGAGGUUCUGAAGACUCGCCUGGCCCUGAGAAAGUCGGGUCAGUACUCUGGCAUCUCGGACUGUGCGAAGCAGAUCUUGGGACGGGAGGGGCUGGGAGCUUUUUAUAAAGGCUACAUCCCGAACAUGCUGGGCAUCAUUCCAUACGCGGGCAUCGACCUGGCGGUGUACGAGACGCUGAAGAACACCUACCUCCAGCGGAACGGCGCCCACAGUGCCGACCCGGGCGUCCUGGUCCUGCUGGCGUGUGGCACCGUGUCCAGCACCUGCGGCCAGCUGGCGAGCUACCCCCUGGCUCUGGUCCGGACCCGCAUGCAGGCACAAGCCGUGACUGACAGCCACAAGCAGCUGACCAUGACGGGCCUCUUCAGGCAGAUCCUGCAGAACGAGGGCCCGGCUGGUCUCUACAGAGGCCUGGCCCCCAACUUCCUCAAAGUCAUCCCCGCCGUCAGCAUCAGCUACGUGGUGUACGAGCAUCUGAAGACUCAGCUGGGAGUGACAUCGCGCUGAAGUGACUCCUCCCCACCACCACUACUCCGCCCCCUCCCGGGGCUCGCCUCAGGGAUGCUGGGGGGCCUUUUUGGGGUUUUUGUAGCCGUCUCAUUCUGUGAAUGUCAGCUGAUGUAAGAUGAGGAAAGUCCGAGGAGGAAGACGAGGACUCUGUGAGCUCAGGUCGUCAGGACCGACUGCUGCUAUUUAUGCUUUAAGACAAGCCGCCAUGACUCUGACUGAAGGUAAACUCAGGACCAAACGUUGUACUUCUAGAGGGAAAUGUCUGCUAUGCUGCUGUUCCAGCACAGGAACGGGAGAAUUUUGCACAAAAGUUUUCUUUUCUCCUUCAUCCUGAGUGUAAACAGGAUCUGUUCUUGUUGUGUUGAUGCGUUGUAUUUAUUUAGGCUGGAGGACCGCCUCAGCAUCGUCAGACACUAAAUGUGAUGGAAUGAGGUGGAGCUCUGUCAUCAGAGGGCGCCAUGUCUUACACGCCACAUGGGAAAAUACUGAAGACUGCAAACGUUUGGGGGAAAAUAAUGCACUUUAAUCUAUGAUCAGCCUUUAAUGGUGAAGCCGUUCUUUUGUAAAGACUUUUAGUACUGUUUUAAUGGACCAUACUAAAGCAAAUAAAUUCAAUUUCACAUGAA